AUGACCGAGCCUGGAGCUCCACACGCAACGAGCAUCCGUCUCGGGACGGACCUGAAGGAGCGGUGGGCGACUUUGUUGCAGAUGAAGCCGAUCAAGCUGCAGGCGGCGCAGUAUUACUGGAAAGAGAGAGGGCGCUUUGUGGAUGACACGAGUGCGUUCUCGUACUCCACGCGGUUUGUGGAGCAAGGUGGCUGCUACUGCGGCCAGGUGUACGAUGUCGUGCCGUUUGAAGGCGUGAGCUCCGUCAAGCUCGUCUACGAUGCUCUUUACCACUACUUCGCUAACAUGCAGAUCCGCGUUACUGAGAGCCUCGGAGAUAUCACGAUUCGUGAAGACGACGGCAGUUCAGAACCCGGCAUCGCACAGUGCCGGUUCGUGUCGUAUUUGUCGAACGGGCCUCUGCUCGAAAUGAACAACAUUAUAUGCUCCGAGUUCACAGAAGCUGACGACGAGUAUGGCGACGGAGGUGCAGUUGGGAUUUUUACCGGAGACUUUGUGGAGCAAGACGAUCUAUACCCUUACGUCCCACAGAAGCGGAUUCGCCAGGACGCCACCGUUGUGACGCAGGUUCGAUCUCAUGUAAAGAAGGUCAGAAACGCCAAGGGUGUGGAGGAAGAGCGGUCGAUCGUAGUGAUGCAGCGCUGGGCCUACUGCAAGAUUCACUCGCCGAAAUGGCCGCUAUCUCCCGCUCUGAUUCACGAAAUUCGAGAGAAAAGCUCGCAUUAG